AUGGCGCAGACUCAAGCCCUAACCUUCAUUAACGAGAUUCAAUCUCUCGUCUCCGAUAAACUUCAAGUGGUUUCGUACAAAUGGUUGAGUCGCAAUUAUAUGGUAUCGUCCGAUGAAGCGAAGAGGGUGCUUCAGGAGUUUGUGCAAAAGAACGAGGGUGAGUUGGAGGUGGUGUAUGCUUUGUCUGGUUGGUUAAAGAGCAACGAUCGUAGUUACCAUGUAAGGCUCGUUACUGGGCCGAAGCUUGCAGAAGCACAGAAAGAAUUUGAUGGGGAUUGUUCAGUUCAGGUAUAUAGUGUGCAAGCUAGCAUUCCAAAGGAUCCAGCUCUGCUUUGGAAUGCUGAAUUUAUUCAGGCAGAGGAACUCUUCAAGCAGCCCUCCUCAGACGACAAUUGUUUGAGGGAUAAUAGGUUCUGUGGGAUUUCCAAUUCUUUUGUACGAAGGAAUGUGGAUGCCUCGACAGUAUUUUCUGCAGCUCCACAACCAAAAUCUGCAGUAGGUGAGGGACCAACAAAGAUUAACGCAGUUCAACAAUCUCCUAAAAAUAUAGCACGUGAUUCUAUUGACAAAGCUGAUACCAAACGACAGAAUGUGAUAAAAGAAGUCAAGAGUGAAAGCAAUGGUACAGGAAAUACUGUAGUUCUGGAUAACAUCAAUAAGCCUACAGCAGCGAAAGAAAAGGCCCUACCCCUUCCCACAGGCAAAAAGAAAGUACAAGUUGAUAAAAGUGGUUCUGCUGCUGGAGGUUCAUUAACAAGCUUUUGGGGCCGUGCAUCUGCAAAACCGAAGCCUUCCACCACAUCAGUAGAAAAUAGUAGCACAGUUUCAAAUCCAGCUGAAUCUACUGAAGAUGCCCAAACUGCUUGUGUAGAAGAGUGUGACAGUGGUAAUGAUGAUAAUCAAAAUGUCUCCUUGAGAAGGUCAUCCAAUAGGAAAAGAAGAGUUGUCUUUGAUUUCUCAGAUGAAGAUGAAGAUGUUGUAAAUUUAGCAUCACCUGAUUUGCCAAAUAAACAAUUAUCUCAAGAUUCUAGACAAAAUGACAAAAGCACAUCGGAGAAAACCACUUUGAAUUUUGACUUGCAGGAAGAAAAUAAAUCAGGGGUUAAGGAAGAGAAACCAACUGACCAAAAGGCUCACCUACCACUGAGAGAAAAUUUAUCAGCUAUCAGCAAGUGCACAAAUACUGAAAAAUCAUCUUCUGAGAAGUUACAUAUAUGUGCUCCUGAUGUUCGUGUAAAUAAGGAUAGUGUAAACAAUGCCCCUCCUUGUUCACCUAAAAGGAGAAAAGUGAUGAAAACCAGAAUUGAUGAACGAGGCAGAGAAGUAAUUGAAGUAGUCUGGGAAGGGGAGGAGACAGUAGUGAAGAAACCUGACAAGGUUACAACAAAGAAAGCUGACAGUCAUACAAAUGCUGUCAAUAGUGCUCAGGCAACUAAGAAGCCACCAGCCAAUUCAAAUGCCAAAAAUGGAAAAGGAGGAAACAAGAAAGCUGGAAACAAGGAUACCAAACAGGGCAAUAUACUUUCAUUUUUCAAGAGAGCUUGA